ACAGAAGAUGGCGACAGUGCACCUCUUCCACCAUUAACUCCUCCAGCAGUAGCAACGACCCCUGGCUGCUGGUAGCUUUCAGUCCUUACAACAACAUCCACAGCAAGGUGUCUGAUGCUCCAGUUUUUACUAUUCAACCUUCGUUUUUAGCCACUUGACGAAGGGCUUGUCUAACAGGUGGCACUGACCCUCAAGCUGAAAGGUCGACCGUUGUUAAGGUGGAGCCCAAUGGAUCAUGGCGGUCAGUUUGAGAGGGAGGGCAGUGUAAUGUCACAGGUUCGUGGAGGUGGGGUUGACCUCUGUGAUAACCUUCCCAGUCCCGAAGCUCUCACUGCCCAAACUCGAAACCUCAACGAGACAAACACAUUCACACAGACUCAAAGUCUCCCUCCUUCACAAAAUGAGGAAGGAGGAAGGUGUGAAUUCGUUCAAAAAAGCUCUCUCAACAACAAUGGGAAGGAAGAGGAAGAGGAGGAACAGGGAAAGGAGGGAUAUGCAGGAAGAAGCAGAGUGGAGGAUGAGGAAGAAGACACUGACGAAGUGAUGGAGGAAGAAUCAGAGUCAGGUUGUCUAGUUCGCUGCCAGUCUCCAGACACUCCCAUGACUGAUUCUUCAUUUUCAGAAACUGGCAGUCUGUUAGAGACUCCAUAUCCUUUCAGCCCUGGGACGAGUCCAGAGCCCACAUCCCCUGUCAUUCCAGUGCUCAGUCCAGAGACUGUGUAUCCCAUCAGUUCAGUGAAACUGAGCCAGAGUGAUGCUGAAGUGGACGUUCGUAUCUCCAGCACUGGAUCAGGUGCCUCCACCACAGAGUCUGUUACCUACACACAUGAACCUUCCUUCACCACGGGGCCUAUAGAUUCUACUUCACAAACUUUGACCUCAGGCACAUGGCCUACCAGCCCAGCUGGGCCUACAUCUAUCACAGAAGAUACUGACAGGAUAGCAAAAAAAACAAACUCCGCUACAGAACAACUUACCUCAUUCUCAGAGCCCGUCUUCAGCAGUGGGCCCAGAUGUACCAGCGGCUCUGCCAGUUCAUAUGCAGAGACAUUUGCAUUAACUGCAACAACAGAGACCCCUACGUUCACCACAGGGCCUACAACUACUGGGACAGAAUCUUCUUCCACCACAGGACCUGUAUCUCCAAAUUUGGAACACAUUACCUCCCUUCCAGUGACCACUUGUUUCUCAGUCUCCACCUGUGCCGCAGGGCCUAUUCCAAGUCAAGCUCUCCUAGAGUCUCUGGAGCAGUUGGCACAAAAAGGAGAUGACGCCCGCCUUCCACAUUACCUUCACCAGAUCGCUGAGGCCUUUGUCCUUCAUGAAGACUACCAGAGAGCAUUAUGGUGUGUCCAAUUAGAGAGAGACUAUCACCAGAGAGUACUGGACAACCUGAAUGCACUUCAAGAGCAGUGGGAGAGUCAGUGUAGAGGGUCGUCUUCUGACCUGGCAACCCAACAUCUGGAUGCUCUGAAACACAUCUGCCAGACGCACAGUCGACCAAGGAUUAGAGAUGCUGAGUCUGAAUCUCUGGACUUUUUGAGACCUAAAUUUGAAGAAGGUGGUGCACAGCCCUCAUGCAUCUCAGCUCAUCAGGUUGAAAGAGGGAUGGAGCAAAGAGCUGAAGACUCCUCUUGUCCAGUCAUACCCUCCAUUAAUUUACCUGAUAGGCUCAGUUCCUCUGAGAUCUCAGAAAAGGCCAGGGAAGACCCAGACAGUUUCCAUGGAUCCCAGCUGACUGACAAGCGAGGCAACGACAGAGAGGGAGGAGAGGCAGAAGGGGAGGUGGGAUUCACCAUUUCAGUCCUAGAAAAUGGACUGCACCCCUCUACUGCUAGAGGAAUGGAUCAGUCCAACCCUGCAGAGCAGCAGGGAGAAGAUUUAGGUCCUGCACAGGAAAAGGAGGCAAAAAAGGAAGAGGAGGAGACGGACGUAGAGGAGGCAGUAGAAGCUUUAGAGAUGGAAGAUGAUGGUGAGGAAGAAGAGGAGGAGGAGAAGAUGAAAGAAAGAGGCUCUCAUUUUUCUCAGAAAGCUGUCCCAGUGGAGACUCUGGUCAGUGGGGCAGAGUUUGAGGCACAACCGCUGCACCAGGAUGCUUUAGCUCCGGAGACGCUACAUGAGGAUAGCCAGGAGAGCACUAAAACCUGCCUCCACCAGGAGACACACCUUCCUCAAGAGACUCAUAUGAAGCAGGAAGAACACGUGGAGGAGGAGGAGGAAGAGGAGGAAGAAGAACAGGAGGAAGAGGAGGAGGAGGAGGAGGAGUAUGAAGUAAGCCAAGCUGACAUCAUUAGAGAAGCUCCUUCUUUGGACGACAUGGCAAAACUCAUCACUGUAGAGGAGAUGUCUCCUGCUUCUGGCCUGGUGUCCAUAUUAAAGAAACGAAGCGUUUGUGUGGACAGAGAGAGUGUGUCUGCCAGUUUAGAGCCUCAACCUGAGAAACUUACUGCCAAAAGACGCGUCCGUUUCAAAGUUCCUGAUGACGGUUAUGAGCAUGAUGUUGGCGGUGGGGACUCGUGCCUGCUUCUCUUCCUGCUUUGUCUGGUCACUGUAGUGAUCAGUGUAGGUGGCACCGCCCUUUACUGCGCUUUAGGUGAUGCCCAGUCUUCAGUCUGUCAGGACUUUUCCAGAAAUGCAGACUUCUACAUAGGGCAGAUACAGCGUGGGAUAGCUCAGAUCCAACACUGGUUCACCCCUGGCUCAUAGCAGAGAACAGUUUGUCUACAGUGUGGAGCCUCUCGUCUUUGUGUUCAUCACUGUAGGCUCCUGCUACUUCCUGGGGCAAUGUUUUCUAAAGGUAAUGAUGCCAGGAAUGAAGGACAGUUGGCAUUUGCAGGCCUGCUCUACUGCAUUUUUAAUGCUCUUGGAAAACAAUUCCAGGGUUCACUCAAAGUCCUAGGUCUGAUGUCUCUUUACAACACUAGUCUGUUAAGGGAAAGCAGUGCAGAGAGAGACGGACUGUAAAAUGGAGCUGUGUCCAUUUACUUUAACAGAAGAGGAAGAACUGACCUGCACUGCUCUUGAGCCAGACCUGAUUUAAUAAGUUAUAAAAUCUCAGCUAGGUUUAGAAAUGCCUAAUGUGACCAAAGUGUCACAUUGAGCCAGUUAAGAGCUGCGAUCUAAGUUUCACAGGUCAGUCAACCAUGACUGGAUACUAACUCAGUGACCCACACUGGCCUCCAAGAAUACACUCCCUCUGUUAGAUAUAAGAACAAAGAAAGCAGCUGCAGCAUGUGGAAAUAUAAGAAAAUAUACAUAUAAUGUAUAGUUUGUUAACUGGGGAGCACAUAGAUGCUCUGUCCAUGCACUGCACAAAUGGAAAGAGGCCCAGUGGGAAUUUUACAAACUGCUGCAACCACUGGUGUUGCUUUUAUUGUUAACUUUUUUAAAUAACAAAAGAAAUUUUAAAAUGAUCAAACCAUUCUGUGGUCUUGGAAUGAAAUCAUAAUGUCUUAAUCAUGUCUUAAACUUUUUAAUGAAUGUUUGGAGUUUAAUAGUAAACUUUAGGGCAUCUGUAUAUCAUCAGAAGACAUUGAGAGGGUUAUUUUGGUAUUUAUACUGUAGUAAUUGAGCUGCCAAUAGAAAACAGUCACAUCAACUAUGUUGUAUGGGGGAAAAUAACAUGUAUUUAACUGCGCAUCACAACCAAAAUCUUUACUUAUGCAUUGCAUUUGAAAUGAGCAGUUGCUGAAGAGCUCUUUAUCAGCUUUACAGCAAUAUUCUUUGGGUGCUUUCCCCCCUGCACACAUUUGACAUGAGUGUCCUGUUGCUGCUCUCUUCUGUUUAACUACUAACAGUAGGUCUGCAGUCAGCUGACAUGGCUGCAGCUAGAGGCGAAAUGUCUAAACUAUCCAUUUAUGGGUUUCAAUGAGCUAAAUCUAACUUUGUGUAGCAUAUGCAACAUGUACAGGAGACAGUGCACCUCUGUAUAUAUUGUCAAAAGAAUGUUAAUCAUGUUGCACAUAAGACUGGUACAGAUUUUUUAAGAUAUUGCAAUAUUUCUACAGGCAUUAUUUUGUUGGUCCUUAACACAGGCUUGGCAUCAGAAACAAAAUAUCCAGCAAAUGUUUGCACAGACCACUUAAGCGGGUGUAGGUAUGGGAUAUUUAAUGAGAAAUUUACAAAUAAUGUUGAAAACAAUUACUCAGUGUACGCAAUCAGUACUGGCCUUGAUGUUGAUGGGAUCAGUGAAGCACUAUCUGCCUGUGUGUCUGUGCUGUUUUUAGGGUUUCUGGGCAUCAUCCUCUGUCUGUGAUUGUCAAUGUUUUCUAUCUGAUUUCUCCUAAAUAGUUAAAGCAGCUGAGAAUGAUUUUUGUUAGCUCCUGGUCUUCCUUGAUAAUCAUCUAGAUAACAUUUGCCAUUUUUUGUUAAUUGUGUCCAAUGUGUUUACACCAAUUGAAAUUUUAAUCCUGGUUUGAAAGGGGAAGGACACUUUCUCUGAGGGGACUGAUUUCCUUGUGCAAGGAAAAAAAACAUCUGUCCUGAAAAAAGGCAAAAAAACGAGCCUUUAUUCUUGCACCUGUGCUUUAACUGUUAUUUAUAGUCAUUGUAAAUCAAGUUUUAGUCUUAACUAAGCUCAUUUUUACAGCUUAAUCUCACUUCUUGCCUUGUGAGACAUCUGUGCUUUUGUGUUAUUUCGACAUUUGCAACGUUUGGUGUCCCGUUAAUUAUUUUUCCUUUCAUUUGCUGUUGUAGUGGAUUCAUGAAACGUGCCCUAGAAAAUCCACAUAUCCCAAAAAAGUCAGAAGUGUAGAGAACAAAUCUCUGUUAAGGAGGAUAAAUUCAGGUGUCCUACCCUACCUAUGCAUUGCUAACAGAUAACACAGUAUUAUCUUUCUCACAUGAUGCGUCAUUCACAGAAACCCUAUCAUUUGAGGUAUGAGGAUUUUCAGGGACAUAAGGAAUAGCAGAUUCAUUCUUGUGUUUAUUUGCACAUGUCGUCUGGCUGGUUCAGAUGAUGAUCACUCAGAAAACCUCUUAUUUAAUCUUUUGGAUGAAUUUAAUUAUUUAUGAUACUAGGGAUGUCAAGUGUUAAGUAGUUAAGAAAAUCUAUUUCUUCAAUUGAUUGUCAUCUUAUGUCAGAUAGGUUUUUCAUCUCGUGUCACCGUUGUUCUGAAGAAGGCUUAGACAGAGACAUGUAUUUCUCACUUUAAAUCCCAACUCUUGUUACCACCAUCACCCAGGCCAUCGUUAUGUGUUAUGUUUCCAUUCAUUCACCCCUUUACCCCUUUUAGUUCCUGGAGAUGAUUUGAAACUUGUGAGUUCUCAGUAUCAUCGUCCUCAAACAAAAAAUGUCAAAAGGUAGAUUUUUCUUCCAUUGCAUCUCUAAGCAAAUAAUGUGUUGUUUCUUUUCCUAAUUGUUUUUCAACAAAACGUUUGAAACACUGAAUGGAAAGUCAUGAUCUCCGUGUGUGGAUCAUUCUGUGUACCACUUAUCAGCCUGAAGAGGAUGUUUUAUGGGUCGUUUAAUUUACUUUCUUCUAAUGGAAUGUAACAAUGAGAGGUUUUUAUUUUGUUUGUUUGUUGAUGUUAAAAAUCACCAUUUCCCUGUGAUGAUGUCUCAUGUUAAAGACCUUUUAAAAGA